AUGUCUUCAUCUUCGCAUCGUAGCGCCCGUGGAUCCGUCUCUGAGAAAGCUCAGCAUGGUAUUGCUUAUUCCUACGGUUCAACUUUUGAGGAUGAGAUUCGUGCAGCUGCACCCAGCCUGCGUGGACGGCGAUUGACGGCUGCUCUGGCAUUCGUGGCGGGCACAGGCUUCACGCUAUUUGGUUAUGACCAAGGUGUUAUGUCUGCUCUCCUCACCGCAAACCAGUUCGAUAAAGUCUUUCCUCAAGUCGCGAUAGGCGAUAAUCAUGCCACUUUACAAAGCUUUCUCGUCGCCAUCUAUGAAAUUGGCUGCCUGUUUGGUGCUUUAUCUAACCUCUGGCUUGGCGAUAAGCUUGGCCGGAGGAAGACGAUUUUUAUUGGAGGUUCUAUCAUGAUCGUUGGCGCAAUACUGCAAACCACUUCCUUCACCUAUGCUCAGAUGAUAGUUGCUCGUAUCAUCACGGGUCUCGGCAAUGGAUUGAAUACGUCCACAGUUCCAACAUACCAUGCUGAAUGUUCGCCCGCCGCGAAGAGAGGCAGUUUCAUUAUGGUUGAAGGCAGCUUGAUCACAUUUGAUGCUGAUACCGCCCAGAUACACUUUGCAUUCUAUUGGUUAACGGGCUCUUCAGCGCAAUGGAGAGUCCCUAUUGCUUUUCAGAUUGUGCUAGCUUUGAUGAUGAUUGUGGGCGUCAUGUUUUUGCCCGAAUCGCCACGAUGGCUUGCGAAACAUGGUCGCGAAGCAGAAGCGCUGGCGAUCAUCUCAGCUCUCGAGAACAAGGACUACACUGAUGAAUCGGUGCAACUUACCUACCAUGCUAUUCGCGAAACUAUUGCUGCUGAACACAGUAAUUCUUCCUCUGACCGCUCUGCUCUUCGGGAGAUCUUCACGAAUAGUCGCUCGCAAAACUUUCGACGAGCCUCCUUGGGCGUUAUAAACCAGUGCUUCCAACAAAUCUCUGGCAUAAAUAUCAUUACAUACUAUGCUACGAUCCUCUUCCAACGUCUUGGGCUUAAUGACGUCAACUCACGUAUUAUUGCUGCCGCUAACGGUACAGAAUAUUUCUUGGCCAGUAUCAUCGCCAUCUUCCUUAUCGACCGAAUCGGUCGCCGGAAACUCAUGUUGUUCGGCUCGGUGGGGCAGACACUCACUAUGGUGCUGCUCGCUGUUCUUGGAAGCAUUAAUACGCCUGGAUGUCAAGUCGCGUCCUGCGUGUUACUGUUCGUUUUCAACUCAUUCUUCGCCGUUGGAUGGCUUGGGAUGACGUGGCUAUACCCCGCGGAGAUUGUUGGCCUGAAAAUCCGUGCACCGGCGAAUGCAUUCAGCACCGCGUCCAACUGGAUCUUCAACUUCGUUGUCGUGAUGGUCACUGGUCCAUCAUUCAAUGAUAUCAGCUGGCGAACUUAUAUUGUCUUUGCUGCGCUGAAUGCUUUUAUCAUUCCUAUUGUGUAUUUCUUUUUCCCAGAAACGGCUGGACGGUCGCUGGAAGAUAUGGACGUAAUAUUUGCUAUUGCAUACAACGAGAGUGUAUCCCCCGUUGCUGUUUCGCUUAGAAAGAAUGUACCUCCAGCUGGUUCACCAGAAGCCGACGAGAUUCUUGGUAUUUCCCCUCGCAGUAAUGAUGGUGAAGUGCUCGAAGAGCGUAACAAGGAGUAG